AUGGCGGCUCCCGACUGCAUGCCGGACGCGCUCUGCGAUUUCCUCGAGGAGUUCUGCAUGCCUGGACCGUCUGAGGAUGGGCUGCCGGAUGGACCGCCUUCUUCUGCCGCUUGCCCAGAGCCAGUUGCUACGCCGCACCCGAAGAGGACAGUGGCGUGCGAGGUGGCGUGCGAGGAGUGCAGCGAGGUGGCGUGGGCCGACGCGGCCGCCCUGAGCUUGCAGGAGAACGGCUUUGUCGUCCUCCGAGCCUCGACGGCGGAGCCGCUCAUCGAUGCGGCGACGUGCGAGGAGUGCCGCCGAAUCGCCGCGGCGCAGCUGGCGCGACUCUUCGCGCUCUUGCGAGGUCGCGGCGUCGAUCCGAGGAGGGACCGCUUCACCUUUGGCGAGGUGUGCGCCCGGACAGCCGGCGGCCGCCGGCCGGACAUGCGCCUACCGACGGAGGGCAGCGAGGCGGAGGCGUGGUCGCCGCUCCUGCGCGCAGUCGACCGCUGGGUGCGUCCCGUCCUCGAGAGGUCGCAGCUCGCCGAGGACGGCCCGAGCGGCGUGCGCGUCGACGGCGCCGGGUGCGUCACCGCGCUGCCCGGCGCGCCAGAGCAGCACCUCCACCCCGACGGCACCGCACGCGGGCUGGUCAACUGCUUCGCGCCGCUCGUGCGGGUGGACGCCGCCAACGGGCCGACCGAGCUGGCGGCCGGCUCCCACCACGCGGGCGCUUGCGAGGAGCAGCUCGCGGAGGAUUGCUGCUUUGCGGCGCCGCACCUGCUGCCGGGCGAGCUGCUGCUCUUCGACUACCGCGUGCUACACCGCGGGAGGGCAAACUGCACCGCCGAGCCGAGGCCGGUGGCUUACGUGACCUACUCCACGCGGCGCGCCGUCAGCGACCAGCACAACUUCCCUGCAGACCGGUGGCUUUUGCCGCCGGCGACCGGCUCAGCGAGCACAACUCUUGGCCACGACGUUACACAGUGUGAGGAUAUUAGCAUAUUACGGUAG